CGUUGCAAUAAAAUGAUAGCAGUGGUUCAGCAACAAACCAAGCUGGUGGAGUUUCUUCAGUAUUUAGUUCUCACGUACAUCGUUAACAACAGUUAUUGUACCGUAAUUUAUUACGAUUAUACGAUCACCAGUGGACAGCAAGAAUGCAACCAGUAUUGCGAAUUCUUCGCAGCCGUAAAUACAGCACUUGAUGGAUAUCCUGUUAUGUGGAUUAGAACGGAAGAUGAUAAAAAUUAUUUACGCCUCAAUGAUGCAAUCGAACAUGGCUGUCAGUCAUACAUUACCGUAACCAGAGAUGUGAUGGACUUUAUUCAACUGAAGCUGGACCUAAAAGAAACAACCUUGCAAAGAAUCCGUGAUAAGAAUAUUUUGAUGUACUACGAAAACAAUACACUUCUAGACAGCACUUGGUUCACCAGGGAAGCCUUGAAAAUUUACCCAAACCUAUGGUUUAUAGUUCCUUCCGGACCACAAAAAUUCGAUUUCUACACUCAAAAUUAUUCGCAAACAGCCGUGGCGACCGUACAGCUGGUGGAUAGUUAUGACUUUGAGGCAAAUGCGUUCACUGGCCCCGGAGUUCUUUUCUACGACAAGUUGUUUGAUCUUGCUGGCAGAUCGGUGGACAUGGGAGUUUCUGAUUACGUUCCAUACUGUAUGACGAGCCACGUCGGAGCGAACCAAGGAAAUGUGGAUGCCGCGAAUUCGGAUCUGUCGAAGGAAUAUCUCAUCGAUGGUCUCGAGGGAACAUUGAUUGUGGAGUUUUGUAAGCUACGGAAUUGUAAUAUCAAAUUGUGGCCAUUUGGUCCUAGCGGGUGGGGUGACAUUUAUGACAAUGGCACUGGGUACGGUGAAACGUACGCUACCUACAUGAAGCAAACCGAACUUUCGGUCUGUUGUGUUUAUUAUGACUGGUAUUUUCAUCUUCUGGAUGGUAGCACUUACAUCGCUAAAUCCACCGUUGUUCUGUUGGUUCCUAAAGCAAAGCCCCGUCCGACGUAUCUUACCCUUAUUUACCCUUUUACCGGAAGGCUUUGGCUCUCGAUUUCUGUUAUGCUCGUAAUAAUGACUGGUGUUCAUCAUCUGAUUACCAGUUUAAACGUGAAGCAUAGCAACGAUAGGAACGCAGUGCAACCACCGAUCGAGAAAUCAAUCUUCGAUAUGAUCUCUAUCUAUCUGGAUCAGGGAAUAUUUCCCAAUUCUGUAUCAACGUCUUAUCGCCUUCUAAUAUCGUUCAUCCUGCUGUCCGGAGUUGUUCUUAGCAACUCCUAUUCCGGCGGGUUGGCGAGUGUUCUAACGGUACCAAAAUACGAGAAACCUAUCAAUACCAUCCAUGAUUUCGUGUUGAGUCCUUUUCGUUGGGCAGCUCAAUCCAUAGCAUGGAUUUUUGCUUUGAUCGGGGCAGAAUCGUACGAUAUUCAGCAAAUAGUGAAAAAAUUCGACGAGGUACCCGAUGAGGAUGAAAUGUACCGCCGUUCUUUGAAGGGAGAUUAUUCGAUCGGAAUUGAACUACUCAAUGGGGGAGCUUACGCCUACAAUAAAGCCGUUCGUGCUGGCAAUGUUGCUUCGUUUCACAUGAUGAAAGAAUAUGUCUACUUCGCCUUCACGAUCGGAUACACCCAGCGAGGAUGGCCACUGAUGGAGUAUUUCAACAAGUUCAGCCAAGAGUCAAUACAGCAUGGAUUCGUCAUAGCCUGGGAGCGUCAAGCGAUCCGAAAGUAUACCAGUAUCUACAUCCAACAAGUGCUCUCAAGUAUUUCUGGCGGUGACUAUUCACAGGAUGAAGAGAAACCUCUCACCGUAGAGCAUAUACUAGGAUCGCUAUUCGUACUACUGUUUGGGUUAUCGGCAUCCUUGAUCAUAUUCAUCGUAGAAAUCGGCUGGCACACGAUGAAACGUAAACUGACUAUAAUGAAAUUAAAAUUGCGAACAAAAACAAAAGGUCAGUUCUGUGAAUAAUGGGGCACAACAAUAAUGAAAUCAUCUAUAAAUUUAUCAAACUAUCGUGAGAAAAAGAUUAUAUCAACUAAAUAUGAAUUCUGCACGCAAUAAUUAUUCAACAGCAUGCUUACAACUUGUGUAGAUGCACUAAAAGAUUUCUUGU